AUGAAGCUCCUGUUCUUCUUCCUCGUUCUUGCGGUUUCUGCCGCCGUAGCGGAAAACGCCGGAGUCCAGAAGGCAUUCAUGGAUAUCGAAAUUGACGGUGAAAGCGCUGGACGCAUUGUGCUGGAGCUCCGUGGCGACGUGGUCCCUAAGACUGUGAAGAACUUCAUUGGUCUCUUCGACAAGUACAAAGGCAGCACGUUCCACCGCGUCAUCGCCGACUUCAUGAUCCAGGGAGGAGACUUCGAGAACCACAACGGAACCGGAGGACACAGCAUAUAUGGCCCCAGAUUCGAAGACGAGAACUUCACGUUGAAGCACGACAGAGGUGUCAUCUCAAUGGCAAAUGCUGGCCCGAACACGAACGGCAGUCAGUUCUUCAUCACAACGGUGAAGACAGAGUGGCUGGACGGCAGACACGUUGUUUUCGGAAAAAUCACGAACGACUCUUGGCCCACCGUCCAGGCCAUUGAGGCGCUCGGCAGCAGCGGCGGCCGCCCCUCCAAGAUCGCGAAGAUCACGGACAUUGGUUUGUUGUAA